GCGCGCGCACGCGCACGGGGCCGAGGCGCGAUGGCAGGUGUCGGGUUCCGCUGGCUGAAGGCAAUGGGGCGACCUGUGCUGCUGCUGCUGGCGCUAUGUGCCUUGGGUGCCCAGGGGCUCUACUUCCAUAUCGGCGAGACGGAGAAGCGUUGUUUCAUCGAGGAAAUCCCCGACGAGACCAUGGUCAUCGGCAACUACCGAACUCAGAUGUGGGACAAGCAGAAGGAGGUGUUCCUGCCCUCGACCCCCGGCCUGGGCAUGCACGUGGAGGUGAAAGACCCCGAUGGCAAGGUGGUGCUGUCCCGGCAGUAUGGCUCCGAGGGCCGCUUCACUUUCACCUCGCACACGCCCGGCGACCACCAGAUCUGCCUGCACUCCAACUCCACCAGGAUGGCGCUCUUCGCUGGUGGCAAGCUGCGUGUGCACCUGGACAUCCAGGUUGGGGAGCAUGCCAACAACUACCCAGAGAUUGCUGCUAAGGAUAAGCUGACGGAGCUGCAGCUCCGAGCCCGCCAGUUGCUGGAUCAGGUGGAACAGAUCCAGAAGGAGCAGGACUACCAGAGGUAUCGUGAAGAACGCUUUCGUCUGACCAGUGAGAGCACCAACCAGAGGGUCCUGUGGUGGUCCAUUGCUCAGACCGUCAUCCUCAUCCUCACUGGCAUCUGGCAGAUGCGUCACCUCAAGAGCUUUUUUGAGGCUAAGAAGCUGGUGUAGUGCCCCGUCCCUAUAACCUUGUCCUUUCACCUCAGUUAUUUGGUACUUUCCCCAUCCAAUCCCUUUACCACCUGAAUUUUGAGGGGGGAAGACAAAAAUGAAUGUCGCCUUGGUAUCAUGGCAACAGACCAUUUUGAUCAGCUACAUGUAGCCCUGGUUCUCAAGGAUACAGGACAUUGGUUCAAGCUUUCAAAGUUUGUCUUAGGGCUUGGUGAGUUGGAACUGACCCAAACCCAAGUCUUGUUUCUUUUGCUUCCAGUGAUUUCCCCUUUCCUCUAAGAGAUGAGCAAAUGA